AUGUCAGACAAUGCAGUCGCGCCAACGCAGGAUGUGGGCAGUGCUGAUGAUCUGUCGGACCAGCAAGACGAGCAGGAGAUUAGAUCGUCAAAGUCGAAGACGGAAAGUGGUGGCGACUCCGAGGACUUUGAUCCCUGGACAAAGUCGCGUCAAUUGGCGAAACCAGACGACCAACUGGACUUAACUGAAGCUGAACUGGGAGAGGAGUUUACGAAAGUUCUAACUCCAACCAACACCAAUGUUAUUCGCAAUCUGGUGGUGUUCAGCUUCAAGGAGGGCGAAUAUGUGCCGGCGCCAUUGCCAGGCAAUACGGUCACACUGAUAAGUUACCCGGGAAAUUCGCUGCAUGUGGACUCUGAGGAAGCACGACUACAAAUCGAAGAGUCCGAUGAAAUCGGUGUUCCGCUGCCAAUGCCCAACUAUUCAGCGGUCGAGGCACAAGAGCCCGUGGUUGAAGGCGACGGGGAGGGAGACGGCGAAUCGGACGAUGAAAAUAAAAGCGAUGCAGGGGAUGACAAACAGGGUGACGAGGGAGAAACCGAAGGAGACGAUCAGGAAGAAGAAGGCAAGGCAGCAGAUGGCGAGCAAGAGGCCGAGGAGGGCGACGGCGAGGCUGCUGUCGAAGAUGAGGAGCCCGCUGACCAGAAAAAGGCGGUAGUUUCUCAGGGGAAGAAACGGAAACUUAUCAAUCAGUUCAACUAUUGUGAGAGAGCCGCGCUGACUUUCUCCUAUCCGAAACGGAGUGUGGAUACCCAAACCGUUCCACCACCACGUUCACAAUUUGGAGCCAAUGUCUUGCAAUGGGUCAUCUACGACUCCUAUUUGGAGGACUUUGAGGAGCAACAGAAAGACAGUACGAAGCAAGCAGAUCGCAAACGCAGCAUGCAGCAGAAGAAGCUCACUGACAAAUCUCUACAGGCCGAGCAGCUGAAUCGAAAAUAUCUCAAGUGCUGGCAAAUUCUCGAACGCAUGAUUAACCAGAACAUCUUCGAUGAUAUUGCUCACGACUAUCGCUACUGGGAAGACUCGGCGGAUGAGUUCCGCGAGGGUGAAGGCAAUCUGCUGCCCUUGUGGAAGUUCCAGUAUGAGAAAACAAAGAAAAUGAGUGUUACAGACAUCAUCUUCAAUCCAUGCUACUAUGAUUUAUUCGCCGUCUGCUUCGGAUCACAUGACUUUAUGAAGCAGGCCAAUGAGGGCUACUUGUGUCUGUUUACUGUUAAGAAUCCCUCCUUUCCGGACUACAUAAUACAAACCGACUGCGGCGUCAUGUGCUGUGACAUACACCCGAACUAUCCGUUUCUCGUUGUUGUUGGGCUAUACGAUGGCAAUGUGGCUGUCUAUAACCUGCGCGAGAAUUGCCGCGAGCCCUUGUACAUGUCCAAGGGCGUCAACGGAAAGCACUCCGAGUGCGUGUGGCAACUCAAGUGGGGUCCCGACAUGAACGAUGGCGAAAUCAAUUUCUAUUCAGUCUCCUCCGAUGGGCGCGUCUUCAAUUGGAUCCUCAUGCAGAACAAGCUCUGGGUAACUACGAUAAUUACGCUGUACCUGGAGAAUGGCUUGGUGGAUGGCCCAGAUGGCACAAAACUCACUCUAAAAAGCUGUGGCUGCUGCAUGAAGUUUCAUCCGAUAGAUCCAAAAAUAUUUCUAAUUGGCACCGAGGACGGUUUUAUUUACAAGUGCAGCACAGCCUUUAGUUCCAAGUACUUGAUGACCUACAAUGCGCACAAUAUGUCUGUCUACCGCAUAGAUUUUAAUCGUUUCAACUCCAACAUUUUUGUGUCCUGUGGAGGCGACUGGCGCGUCAAGGUGUGGGAGGACAUGCGCGCCGAUCCCCUUUUCAUAUUCGAUCUGGGCUCGGCGGUGGGCGAUGUGAAGUGGGCUCCAUACUCCAGCACAGUGUUUGCAGCUGUCACCACAGAGGGGAAGGUUUACGUCUUCGACUUAAAUGUGAACAAAUACAAGGCCAUUUGCGUGCAGGCCGUUGUGCCCAAACGGAAGAACAAACUGACACGCUUGUCCUUCAACGAGAAGCUUCCCUUCAUUGUUGUUGGAGAUGAGAAGGGCGUUACCACCUCACUAAAGCUGUCGCCCAAUUUGCGCGUCAUGGUCAAGCCUCCAAAGAAGCAGUCGUACCUCGACCAGACUACACUGCAAAUUGCGAAGCUGGAAAAGUUACUUUCCCUGGUGCGCGAACUACCCGAGGGCACAAUUGUGCCGGACACAGCCACAACUGUACGCAGCUAG